UCGCUCGGUCUUGCCGUACUUCCCGUAUUCGAUGCGCUAACCUUAGGCCUCCAGUACUGAUGAAGAGUAAGUCAGCUAAGCUUUAAAUCACUAACGACUAAUAAGAGAAAAGCCGAUCUCAGCGCAGACACCUCAGGAAACCUUUUAACCGUCUAGCUGGCAGGCUAGCUAGCCUAACCUACCGUCUUCCACCGUGGAAAGUGUUGUCCAGCAAAAUGUUGUCCGAAGGCAGCUCAUUCCUGAAGGGCAUGGUUUUAGGGGGGAUCUUUUGCCUGGUGUUGUCUCUUCUUGGUACCUUUAGAGCAGGAAUUCCAUCUCAGAUAGAACACCUCCACCAUCAUCUCAAGCCACACAGUAAAGAGGAGCUGCAAAAGCUAAGUCAGACACAAAUGUCUGAACUCACCGAGCAGGUGAGGGUUUAUUGCAUCAUUAUGGUCACUCCCAAGAUCCUGGUCCAUUGGGCAGCUGCCAAUGAUACAUGGAGCAAACACUGUGAUAAGUCUGUUUUCUACAGCUCAGAAUCAGCCAAAGCGCUAGAGGCAGUGGACCUGCAGGAACAGGAUGAGUGGGUAAGGCUACGCAAAGCCAUCAAGCAUGCAUUUAAGAAUGCAGGAGGACUCCGCUGGUUCUUUGUGGCACGACCCACCACUUUUGCCAUCAUCGAGAACCUCAAAUAUCUGGUUCUGGUUAAAGAACCAAGUGAGCCCUUUUACAUUGGCCACGUGCAGAAGUCUGGUGAACUGGAGUAUGUGGAGUAUGAGAGUGGUAUUGUACUGAGCUAUGAGGCUAUGAGAAGACUUGUGGAAGUGUUCAAGGAUGAGGGCAAAUGCCCAGAGAGAUCAAAGGCCUUGUGGAAGCUGAGCGAAGAGAAGCAGCUUGCCACAUGUCUGAAGUACAGUGGAGUGUUUGCUGAAAAUGGAGAGGAUGCUCAGGGGAGGGAAUUGUUCAACAAAAAGUCUGUGGGCUCCCUAAUUUCUGACAGUAUGGCCCAAAACCCCAGUGAUGUUGUGGAGAUCUGUUGCUCUGACAUGGCUAUCACAUUCACUGGGAUGUCCCCUAGCCAGAUGCAAGUCAUGAUGUUUGGAGUUUACAGGCUGAGGCCAUAUGGACACAACUUUCAUGACUCCUUGACAUUUUUGCCUCCAAAAGGAUCCGACAAUGACUAAUAUCAAUCAGUAAGACUAUCGAUGCACCAUGGGAUGCACAUAAAAAAUUGUACAUUGCUCUUUUUGAGCAUUAUUUAUGGAUUCAAGGCAGCAUUGCUGUAAUGUACCAUAUGACAAAAUGUGCUGUAUUUGAAAUUGAGUGCAUUAAGGUUUACUUGGGGAAAUAUAUUUCUCAGUUUAAAAUGUUGAAAUGUUUUUGUACUUUUUUCCUUUCAAAACUUGGAUGAAAUUUAUUUUAAGGGCCUGCGAGGGAUUAAUCUGAUCACAGUACUUAAACCACAGGAACCAAGACUUCAUUUAAAACCACAUUACACACUAUAUUUGAGUUACUGGAAAGGAACAUUAAUUGUUUCUAAAUUGUGACCACCUUGAAGCCUGUUCAUGUAGAAGUAUUAUACAGUAAAUUAUAAUGAAGAAAUGAAGCAUUAUGCACUGUUAUGGCAAGUGAUUUGUAACUAAAUACCACUACUGACUUAUGACUGUUGUCCAGAACCUUCAGAAUCAGACAUUAAAGAGAUAUUUAAAUAUAUAUGUUUAAAAAUAUGCAACCACAAAAAUAUGUACAUUUUUAUAUUCUCUGAUUGUCAUUUACAAUGUCUGAUAUUUCAGUGGUAACAGCCUGAUGAUGGGUUUUAAAGAAGAGUUUAUACUUUCUACUUUUUUUUUUUUUAUUGGGGAUUUGGGAACUGUCAACUUUACACUGGUACACAUGAUUAAGAUGGGUUUUCUUUUUAUACAAAUACAGCAUGGUAAUGUGCUUUGGGCUGAGCGGAAGUAAAAUAAACAGGAACUGAAGUAGUACCAUAUUAUUUAUUUGAAAAACGGUGCAUUUGAUUAGAGGCAUUUGUUUAUCUAAAAACUGUGAUUCACUUUUAUAUGAACUUAAUACACAAUUCAAAUAAAACAUUAAAUUGA